UAAGUUACCAGGACUCCACUUCAUCUCUCUUCGUACCAUCUUCAUGAUUUCAGCAGCUUUUAUAAUUGCUUGUUAAAUUGAAAGCAUGUUUCUUGCCAAAGCUAUAUUGGAAGGAGCAGAUAGAGGUCUUGGAGAAGCUCUUGGAGGCCUUCUUGGAGGAGGUGGUCAGAGGAGAAGAGGAGGAAGAGGAGGAGGAAAUAUUGGAGGGAUAGUUGGAGGAAUUGUGAAUUUUAUCAAUGAGGCUGCAGCAGCUCAGUAUACUCCAGAACCACCUCCCACUCAGCAGCAUUUCACCAAUGUGGAGGCCUCAGAAAGUGAGGAAGUUAGGCGGUUUCGGCAACAGUUUGCACAGCUGGCUGGACCAGACAUGGAGGUGGGUGCCACUGACCUAAUGAAUAUUCUCAACAAAGUUCUUUCUAAGCACAAGGAUCUGAAGACCAAUGGCUUUAGUCUUGAUACCUGCCGGAGCAUAGUGUCUGUUAUGGACAGUGACACAACUGGAAAGCUGGGCUUUGAAGAAUUUAAGUAUCUGUGGAACAACAUCAAGAAAUGGCAGUGUGUUUAUAAGCAGUAUGACAGGGACCAUUCUGGGUCUUUGGGAAGUUCUCAGCUGCAGGGAGCUCUGCAGGCAGCUGGCUUCCAGCUAAAUGAACAACUUUACCAAAUGAUUGUCCGCCGGUAUGCUGAUGAGGAUGGAGGUAUGGAUUUUAACAACUUCAUCAGCUGCCUGGUUCGCCUGGAUGCCAUGUUUCGUGCUUUUAAGUCUCUAGACAGAGAUGCAGAUGGCCUGAUUCAAGUUUCUAUCCAAGAAUGGCUGCAGCUGACUAUGUAUUCCUGAAGUGGACACUGAGAAGUCAAGACCCUUUCUAGAAGCAGGACUUCUAAAAGCUUGUCCACUUAGUUGCUGAUACCCUGCUGUCAUUUCCUGACGAGCUCUCUUACGACGCUACUUACUUUUGAUCAUGUACUACCUUUUACUGCUUAAUUAAAACAGUUAUUUCAU